AUGUUUGACUAUGAUAGCAAUGACAGUGAUAAAUACAUUGAUAAACACGGGAUUUUUGAGAUCAAAGUUAAAGAGCUUAACAAUGAAGUCUACUCGUACAUUUCAAUUUUUACUAUCAUGUUUACUCUACGCUGUGUUGUUAAUGAGGGUCAGAUUGUAUUGAUUGGGUUUAUCCAUCAUGUUUUGAAAACGUAUAGUCGCCAUUUCCAGCCAUCAGCAAGACUUUCUGGAUUCCAAACAAUGCCACCUUUUUUCUUAGCCAUCGCAAAGAGGAUACAAAGAUUUGUGGUAUCCCAGGACUGCCAUAUAGUCACAACCUAUCAACAAAUAGAAGACUUCUUACACUCUAGCACCUCAGUCAAUAAACGUGAAUUAAUUUACCAGUCCAAUACAAAUGCAUUGAAUGUUUUCUUCAUUCAUCCUGAUCUUGAGGUCAAGUUUUCAGUGAAUAUCGUCUCGUUUAAACCCUCUGGUGGUAUUACAUAUCUCUUCGGUGCUACAUACCUGGCAAACAACAACUUGUCCUACAGCAAGAGUCUAAAGCCCAAAAAUCUCAUUCUUGCUGGUUUGAUAGCUCAACCAAAAAAGCCUAAAUCCAGCGCAAUUAACAGUCAUAGCAACCCUUUCGCUGAUGGCUUCCGACGAAUAGAAGUCCUAGAUACUCAUCUAUUCAUCUACCCCGUCCUUUUAAAACCUGCUUUAACUCCACUCAAGCUUUGGAUCAACUCUGUGGAUAUGUGUAAAAACCCUGUAAAGUCUGUUAUAUCCUAUCAAGACCUCAAAAAUACCAGUAUCAGCCUAGAUACUUUUUGUCAGCAGUGCAAGCAUCUUUACCCUCCUAUUAAUCUCACCUGUAACAUUCGUUUGGAUCUCCAUCUGCGUGGGACCAUUCGUAAUUUUGAACCAUCGUAA